UGAUUUUAUCUUUAGGAUAGAUUUUCAGUACUGGCAGUGAAUUUCGGAACGCAGCCAGUGAAUAUCGAAACGCAGCCUAUAUUCUCGUUCACGUAACUUGUACUCUGACCAAUCAACGAAUGGCAUUCAAUAAAACCGUUUAAAUUUGAAAAACCGUUUAAUGAGAUUGCGGACGCGGAGCUUACAUCAGUUACCGACGACAAUAUUCGUAAAUAUCUCUCGUUUUGAGCAACUUGGAGCAACCUUAAAAGUAUUUGCCCUAGUACUAGACAGGACCAACUAUGCUUGGAACCAACAAGGAAAACUAUAAAACUCAUCAUCAAUCAACUACACAUACAUCGAAAGCAGUUAGUGGUUUUAAGUAUUUGCACAUUUCUAAAACGGUUCCAUUGAGAAAUGCUCAAAAUAUGAAUGAUGGAAAUAAGAAGGAAAAUAUCUACAAAGUUAGUGCAACAAAUGUCAAAAAUGAAAACGAAUGUAAAGAGACUACAAACAAGUCUACUGAAUUGAUGCCACCACCUAAAUUAUCAGUGGCAUGUAAAUUAGUAGAUUCUACGCAAGAUCAACAAAAGUCUAAUAAUGAAAAUCAAGAAGCAAGAGAUAAUAAGAGCAAAAUUCUACAGAAAAUUGUCAGCAAUACAGAUACUAGUGUGAGUAAAGAAAAUGAAAGUGAAAAAAGAUGGGUAUUGUCAGAUUUUGAUAUUGGUCGACCCCUGGGUAAAGGAAAAUUUGGUAAUGUAUACUUGGCCAGAGAAAAAAGAUCCAAAUUUAUAAUAGCCAUGAAGGUUCUUUAUAGAUCGCAAAUAGAAGAUGCUAAAAUCUCACAUCAAGUAGUCAGAGAAAUAGAAAUCCAAACCCAUUUGAGACAUCCAAAUAUUUUAAGAAUGUAUGGAUAUUUUUAUGAUGAUAAGCGAAUUUAUUUAAUAUUAGAAUAUGCACCAAAAGGAGAACUUUAUAAAGAAUUAAAAAAUCAACCUGAUAAGCGAUUUGACGAAGUAAGAACAGCCAUUUACAUAGCUCAAUUGGCAGACGCGUUAAAAUAUUGCCACAGCAAGAGCGUUAUCCAUCGUGACAUUAAACCUGAAAAUUUACUUCUUGGAAUGAAUGGAGAAUUAAAAAUAGCCGACUUUGGAUGGUCCGUGCAUGCUCCUUCCUCACGAAGAGACACUCUAUGCGGCACUUUGGAUUACUUGCCACCUGAAAUGAUUUCUGGGAAAACACAUAAUCAUACAGUCGACUUUUGGAGCGUUGGAAUAUUAUGUUAUGAAUGCUUGGUUGGCAAACCUCCUUUUUAUGCGACAACUAAUGAUGAAACUUAUUUAAAUAUAAAGAGAUUGCGAUAUACAUUUCCAAGUUUUGUUAGUGAAGGUGCAAGAGAUUUAAUUUCAAAGUUGAUAGUUAUUGAGCCUGAGAAGAGAUUGGAUAUGGAUAGUGUUCUUGCGCAUUCUUGGAUCAUAAAAAAUUAUCACAAGAUAGACAAGGCAUGAUACAUUAGUCUUAAGCAAUGUCUAAUCUAAUUUGUAUUAAAGCCCGACAUGUCGUAAUAAAUUUAUUGUAAUUUUAAAUUCUUGACGUUCACCAGAGAAUUGAUAAUGCAGUUAUACUAUUAUAAUGCAUUUAGAAUAUUUUUUUAUGCGAUACAUAGGGAUUGAGAUUGGAAUAUAUUGUGCUUAAUAGGCAAGUUUCCAUUUAGCUUUUCUUAAACAAGCGGUUUAUUUACACGAAAUGUGUUGCGAUAACAUUACCAUUUGUUUUAUAUUUUUAUGUUACUGAGAAUAUAUAAACAAUUUGUAUUAAAUGAUUAUAUAUUAAGAGUAUUUAAAUAUAGCAUAAUAAAGAACCAGUAAGAUU